GUCAUAUUCAUUUGAACGCGGGAGAUUUGCGUGUAAACAAUCGCGCAAAAUUGCACAAUCCCGCAAAUUUUUCAUACACAAUCGCAAAAUGAUGGCCUUAAGUCCCGCAUUGUCGUCUCCACUUAUGAAUAACCAGAAACACAUGGGUCACAUACAGGUUAUCUUUGGGCCAAUGUUUUCUGGAAAAACAACUGAGCUGAUGAGAAGAAUGAAGCGAUAUCAGAUUGCCAACUACAACUGCCUGGUUGUAAAGUACGCCAAUGAUGUCAGAUAUGAUAAAGAUGGCAUUGCAACACAUGAUAGACAAACUUUGCCAGCAGUAUCGGCCAGGAUAUUGUCUGAACUGAGGGCAAGUGCUGAUCAGUAUGAAAUUAUUGGCAUUGAUGAAGGUCAAUUCUUUCCAGAUGUUGUUUCAUUUUGUGAUGAGAUGGCAAACCGAGGGAAGAUUGUGAUAGUUGCUGCUCUUGAUGGCACUUUCCAAAGAAAGGGGUUUGGUGAUAUACUAAACUUGGUCCCGUUGGCUGAAAAUGUGAUAAAGCUUUCUGCUGUUUGUAUGACAUGCAAUUCAGAUGGUCACUUCACAAAGAGAAUCACCGCUGACCAGUCGGUGGAAGUCAUCGGUGGGGCUGACAUGUACCAGGCUGUUUGUCGUGACUGCUAUAGAUCAACAGUGAAAAAAUCCCCAAGAAAGUCCCCUUACAAAUCCCCAUACAAGUCUGAGAACGUCAGACCCUCUGGCGAAGUUGUACUCUCGCCACAAAAAGGCACCCCUACAGUGCUAGGUGAGAGGUCGAUCACUAGUCUACAGAACGGCAUCAACAGGCAGCUCUUUGUUUCCUCUCCUCCAAGAAUAUAGGUGAUCAGGAAAUCUACAUCACCUUUGGCAGAUCAUAUGAGCCACAGGGCCCUCAAUCUGUCAAAUUCACGGCCGAAAUUCGGCCGCAUUCCCCCACCUGAAAAGUAUUCUUUUUUCCCCUUUUUGGGGGAAAAAUUCCCCCUUUAAAAAAAAAAAGUUUUUAAUAGAUAGAUGUGUCUCAUGAUUAUUAUAUUUCAAUUCUAUUUUAAUUUAAUUUUGUUUAAUCUUGUCAAACAUACUUAAUUAUGAAAAAAAUCAAUGAAUAUUGCGCAAACAUGUACAAAUGUAAUAAUUAGAGAGUAAUUAAAAAAUCCCCCAAAAAAGGGAAACGCAGCGAAAAUUCCCCCUGCUAUGGGUAGCGACCCGCUUCCCCUAAAAUAAAUUGAGGGCCCUGAGCCAUGUUCUUGGAAAAACUGGGGUUAAUGAAUGUGCGUGAAGGGUCGUCCCAGAUUAGCUGGUGCAAUCUGCACAGGCUAAUAAGGACGACACUCCACUUUUUAUGGAAUUUUUGUUUUGUUUAAAAAAGUCUCUUCGAAACAAAAAUCCAGUUAAGGUAAAAGUGUCUUCUUUUUAAGCCUGUGUGGACUUCACAGGCUAAUCUGGGAUGACACAAUGCACAUGCCAUAAGCCCUGUUUAACCAUUAGGAGGCUCAUGCCAACCAUCAAUGCAGCUCAAUGUUUUGUUGUAAUAAAUACUUACUUUUAUAUAUACUAUAUGCAAGUUGUAACUUAUUUAUGUUAGUUAUUUUUGUAGAUGUCAUUUAGAGCCUGGGGCUUAGUUAGUGUAUAUUUGUUUAGUUGUGUGAAUUUUUUAAAUAUUUAUUUGCAUGUUUAAACAUGAAUAAUUUUCCAAUAUUCUCUAUAUUCAAAUUCUUUAACAAAUGGUUGGAUACCAAAUCCCAUUCAAUUCGCCAGUAAAAAAAUCACAGAUUGAUCAUUUUGAUUGAAAAGGGAUAUUUACAAUUGAAUGUGUUUGAUAUCUAGAUAUAGUGCAAACAAAGUGUGCACCAUGGGAUUUAAGUUGUAUUAUGCAUUUUAAAUAAUCAUAAUUAUGAUAUAUAUAUUGAUAUAUUUUUAAUUUAUUUACCUUAAGCAAUAAGCUGCAGGUUCAUGUUUAUCUGAAACUGCAAAAACAAUUCAUUAAUUGUAUGGAAAAAAAGUAAGCUGCAUUGUUUUAUUACUAGUAUCUUUUUUUCGGUCUCAAAACUUUUAUUUGUCUAAUCAAUUAUCUUUGAACAAAAGCUCAAAAAAAUGAUGAAACAUGUUGAAGAAUUAAAGUAUUUAUUUUGGGACCAGUGAAUAAGUUGCAUGUGUUCAUUCUAAAGUUUUUAUAUAUAUUUACCAAGAACUAUAAAUGUAAAAUUAAAUAUAAUAAUGACCGUGUUUGCCAGAGCUACAAAACUAUUGAAUUGAAACCAGUAUAUAAAAUGAUCUUUUUAUCGUAAAGAAAUUCCUGUCAGUGACUGUGUAAUCCUCUUCAUUUGCUUUGUUUAAACUUUUGUAUUUAUUUAUAAUUUUCACAUAACCUUGCUUUUUAUAGUCCUUAUACUUUUAUGUUUCUUUGUUUCCUUUUUGUGAACUUGUAAUGUUGUAAUUGUAUGUAGUUUCAUUGUUUUUAUCACAUAUAUAGCUUCAUAGUUUUAUCACGUGUUUUAUUAUCUUAAUAUGUGAUAUGUUUUAUUGUACCUCCUUUAUAAUAUAAAAUCCAUUUGUGAGCUAUCACACUUUGUUCUGUGAUUUGCCUCUUCAACUUUUAGCUAGUCUUCAACUUUUAGCUUGUUGCCACUAGGGAUGCAACAUUUUUUCUCCAAUAUUAAGACCAUGUUUUAAACUGGGUCAAGUGUGGGUCAAAAACAAGGUCACCAGGUUUAUACAAAUUUGUUACCACAUUUAUGACUCCAUUCAUAUGAAACUUGGUUAUAACUAUUCACAAUAUGAAGGAAAUGUUUAUAUCAGGGUCAAGUGACGCCAAAAACUAGACACCCAGGUCAAGUUUUCAAUAAUUGAUGUCUAAACUCAAUUGAGCGCUCUUGUAGGUUGGAGCUAUAAAGAUUAUAAAAAAAUAAAGUAUUUUGUAAAAACACAACAUAUUUAUUUUGUUGAAACAUUUAAUGUGAAUGUAUGCGUUUCAACUUCUCAAUAGAGAUAAUGGUUACAUAAAGCAUGUGUGAUAAACAGUCACCUUAUCCGGUUCUGGAGCCUAUGAAUUAUCACUUUGUGUCUUGUUGCCUGUCUAAAUGAUAGUAUGUAUUUUACCUCAAUGUGUUCUUUUGAGUAGACACUUCAUACUUAAGUAGAAAUAAAAUAGUAUGGAUUGUAAA